GAACAAUCUUAUGAAAUCUUAUUUUGGGAAUACAAAAUAUUCUUAACUUUUUUUCUUAAGUUAAAAAAAUAAGAAGAAAAUGGCAGUUAAGAAGAAAUUUCUUCUUAAGAAUGUUUUGUGAAUAAAACAUGAAAAGGUAGGCGUUCUACGCAAACGUCAUGUAACGUAAUAAAUAUUCAUGAGCUAAUCCUUCGCCGUAGUAGGUUUCGGUGAAAUCGGGAUUCGUUCUCGUUCUGCUCUCACUCCAGUUGACUAGAAAUGCUCAUAUUUGUCCUCCUGCUGUGUCAUUUCACUUUAUGUGGACACUGUGCGUGUGUAAGAAAAACCCUUCAAAUACCAGCAGAUCAAGACAGUAAAGUGUUUGUUGUGGACCAGGAGGCCAACACAUUUUUAGGACGCCACCUGUUGUUCAACCGCUUCGACUUUGAGAUCUUCACCCCAGGUAAUCUAGAACGGGAGUGUUACGAGGAGAUAUGCAGUUAUGAGGAGGCUCGGGAAGUCUUUGAGAAUAUCCCUGAAACAAAUGACUUUUGGAGGAAAUACACAGCGGAUAAGGGUGAAUCCCAAACAAAAGUUGAUGUAACAGCAUUGCUGGUGGGCAUCAUCUCCGCUGGAGUCUUUAUUGUUAUAGUUGGCCUCCUUAUUUGGUACUUCUGCCAGGGGAGGAAUAAAGACCAUGGCUUCCGAGGUUCCUUCAGACGUCGAUCCACCCGAAGCAAUGCCUCCGUGAUCAUCCGGAGACUGGAGGAGGUCUCUCUGCAUCCUAUUCCUCACACAGGCUCAGUUGCCAGCCCGGAUGCUCAUGGUUUACCUUCUUAUGAACAGGCCAUCGCCAUCAAUGGCCCGCACGAUGCCCCACCUCCACCAUAUCCUGGUUCCAGGCCAGGCAGCGUCCGACGAUAACCAUAUCAUCGUUUUCCAAACUGAAUCAGGAUGGACUAAACCACUUUUUCUUGACUAUGAACUGAAAACAUCUUUUUCAAGAAACAUCUAAAGACGCAUCUUUUUCGCCAGCACCUGACCAACUAAUACUAACACUUACCUAUUCUAUCAAUUAAAAAAUAAAUAAAUAAAUAAAAUAAAUAAAUAAAUAAAAAUAAAUCAAUAAAUAAACCCUAGCUACGUGUACUGUGCUGGGCUAACUGAAACUUGUCAUGGCACUUGUAUACUGCUGCACUCUCGAUGGUCUCAUUGCUUCUAUUGUUCUCAUAUUGUACGUCGCUUUGGAUAAAAGCGUCUGCUAAAUGAUUAAAUGUAAAUGUGAAAAUGUGUUAAACCAAAUGCAUUUGGAUUUAAUACCCUGGAAUAAACCACUAAUAUAAAGCUGCAUUUCAGCAAUGAAUUAAAAUUACUGAACAUUUCUGGAUAGUGUAGAUAGUUAGAGCUACCUACAAAGAUAACUUUUAAACCUAAUCACCAUUUUUAUUCUCUUAAAUUCUUUGUAAGUGUUUAUUUUAAACUAUAACCAUUGAAAACCAGUUUUAUAUUAAUAAUUGUUUCAAUAAAAAGACAGAUCAUAAUGUUUUAUUUAAUAUGGUGGGCUUUUAUGAAGGACAAAUCAUUUUAUCCUUUUUCAAUAUGCUAUAGUCCAUUUUAACAAUCUAGUAGAGUGUAACUUAGUGUGAUCUAGUAGAGCGUGACUAGAAUUUGUGUAUUUACUGGAUCAGUAUUUGGUGUACAUUUGUGAAAACAAAUUCUGUGAUCAGCUCACCAAAAACAAUAUUACCUCCUCUAACGUCAUGGCAUUUCUGUCAGGCUGUGUUGUUUGCACUAAGCUUUGUGCAUAAAGAUAAACUAAUUCUAUUGCUUUCAUCUGAUUUAGGGAUUUCAUUUCAUUCUACUGGCAUGAACACCCAGCUUUAAAGUGCAUUUUGCCAAGCAGCUGAUACUGUACAGGUUUCUGGAGGACGAAGCACCUCUUUGAUGCACCUCUCUUAAAUGAUAGUGGCUGGGCUCUAAUGUUAUUGUUAUAGGGAUAUUAAUAGACUUUAUAAUAAACAUUCUUCUUUGUUUGAA